AUGCCGAGUGAAGAGGUGCAGCCCAUGUGGAGGCCUUCCACCGGCAAGGUGCUAUAUUCGUCCCUGGAGAGGGUGCCUGUGGGUGGCCAGGACCAAGAGGAUAUAUGGAGGACACUGGCACAGGAGCAAGGCAUUGCUGGGCUGCAACCAGCUCUGCCAGCCCCCAACACGUGGUUUCACCCCAACAUCACCGGCGUGGAGGCAGAGAACCUGCUCUUGACACGAGGCGUGGAUGGCAGCUUCCUGGCCCGGCCCAGCAAAAGUAACCCAGGGGACUUCACCCUGUCAGUCCGGCGGAAUGGGGCAGUCACUCACAUCAAGAUACAGAAUACAGGGGACUACUAUGAUCUCUAUGGCGGGGAGAAGUUUGCUACCUUGGCUGAGUUGGUCCAGUAUUACAUGGAACAUCAUGGGCAGCUCAAGGAGAAGAAUGGAGACGUGAUCGAGCUCAAGUAUCCACUCAACUGUGCUGACCCCACGUCAGAAAGGUGGUUUCAUGGUCAUCUGUCUGGAAAAGAAGCAGAGAAGCUGUUAACGGAAAAAGGGAAACAUGGGAGCUUCCUGGUCCGUGAGAGUCAGAGCCAUCCUGGAGACUUUGUCCUUUCUGUCCGGACGGGGGAUGAUAAAGGGGAGAGCAAUGAUGGGAAAUCCAAAGUGACGCACGUCAUGAUCCGAUGCCAGGAUAUGAAGUACGAUGUUGGUGGAGGGGAGAAAUUUGACUCCUUGACCGACCUGGUAGAACAUUACAAGAAGAACCCCAUGGUGGAGACUCUGGGCACGGUUCUUCAGCUGAAGCAGCCCCUCAACACCACACGCAUCAAUGCAGCAGAGAUUGAAAGCCGUGUUCGGGAGCUGAGCAAGCUGGCUGAGACCACGGACAAAGUGAAGCAGGGCUUUUGGGAAGAAUUUGAGACUCUCCAGCAGCAAGAAUGCAAACUUCUCUACAGUCGGAAAGAGGGGCAGCGCCAGGAGAAUAAGAACAAGAACCGUUACAAAAAUAUUUUGCCCUUUGACCAUACCAGAGUUGUCCUUCAUGAUGGUGAUCCAAACGAGCCUGUUUCCGACUACAUAAAUGCCAAUAUUAUCAUGGUAAGAGCACUUGGAGUUCUGAGAAUUUCUUCUGCGAAUCACGGCUUGGCCUCCGCCGCUGCGGGGGAAGCUGGGUGGCGGCGGCGGCGGAGGCCAAGCCUCGGCUUCCUUGCCGCCGCCGUGAAAGGGCGCGAUGCCGGUGCUGGAGGCCUCUUGGCCCCCAACAGCACUGCCACCGGGCCUUUCCUGCGGUGGCGGCAAGGAAGCCAGUUGAGGAAAUGGGCACACUUUGCCCCCUCCCAUUAUCCUGUCUCAUCUUUCCAGAGCAAAUGUGUGAAAUAUUGGCCAGAUGAACAUGCGCUAAAGGAAUACGGUGUGAUGCGUGUCCGGAACGUCAAGGAGAGUGCAGCUCACGAUUACACAUUACGAGAACUCAAGCUUUCCAAGGUUGGACAGGGCAACACAGAGCGGACGGUGUGGCAAUAUCAUUUCCGAACCUGGCCUGAUCAUGGUGUCCCCAGUGAUCCAGGUGGCGUUCUGGAUUUCCUUGAAGAGGUUCAUCACAAGCAGGAAAGCAUUGCAGAUGCUGGUCCUGUUGUGGUCCAUUGCAGUGCUGGAAUCGGACGGACCGGAACCUUCAUUGUGAUUGAUAUUCUCAUUGACAUCAUCCGAGAGAAAGGAGUGGACUGUGACAUUGAUGUCCCGAAGACUAUCCAAAUGGUUCGCUCCCAACGGUCAGGAAUGGUGCAGACAGAGGCUCAGUAUCGAUUUAUCUACAUGGCAGUGCAGCACUACAUUGAGACGUUACAGCGCAGGAUUGAGGAAGAGCAGAAGAGCAAGAGAAAAGGGCACGAGUACACAAAUAUUAAGUAUUCGUUAGCGGACCAGGCCAGCGGAGACCAGAGUCCCCUCCCGCCAUGUACUCCAACCCCGACCUGUCCUGAGAUGAGGGAAGAUAAUGCCAUGCGAGUCUAUGAAAAUGUCGGUCUGAUGCAGCAGCAGAAAAGCUUCAGAUGAGAUUUUGAGAUCCCAGUGUUUUUUUUAAUAAGAAAGUGAAGCGAAGCGACUUGAGAAGCAUCCCACGAAGAGUGGACUUUUGACAGCUACGUAGAGCCUCCCUUUAUUUAUGGUGUUUAACCCUUCAGUAAUAAGCAGAACUUGAGACCAUCCUUCGCCGAAAGCUCCUUUUUCUCCAGAAUGUCUGAUUUCUACAAUUACUGAUAUUUUUUGUUUGUUUUCCAUUGUCAGACACAAAGUGCAGACCAAUAUGCUGUUGUACUUGAAAGUUUUGUUUUAUUCUUGCUCCUGGAUUUCGAGGUUUUAGAACUGUUUCAGAUGAUGAGAUUCUUUCUAUUUUGUUAAUUCUUCCUCUUUAAAACUAGUUAAAUCUGAGUGCUUUGGGGGACAAAUGGUUUGUCUUACUCCAACAUUUGUCCUCCUUUUCUUCCUUUCCCUCCGGCUCUGCUUCCAAGGAAGUGCCGAUGACCAUCCAUUAGAACAGCAGGGCCUGUUGAUUAGCUAAUUUUCAGUCUUGCAUCUAGUCCUCAUGGUGGACUGUGUUUCUUCCCCACCACCACCACCCUUGAAAUUAAAAUCAGGGGUUUAUUUGUCCUAGAACUUCCAAUGAUGCGGUUUUUGCACCAGAUUGAAACUGAAUUUGUUUCCUAACAACCUACCCAGCAAUUGUUGGUGUGUGUGUGUGUGUGUGUGUGUGUGAGAGAGAGAGAGAGAGAUGGGACUGGUUAUUUGUACAAAAUUCUGAUGGUGUUUCUUACAUUGGUUCGGAGGGGCUGAGAGAAUACUUGGGAAUACAAAAUGGUGGUGUCCCCCGUUUGUCACUUAACCUGGCUCCUUGUUGUUGCCUAUAUACAUUCUUGUCUUCUUUAAUACCCUUCUUGCAAGCAACCCAGAGGCAUCCCAACAGCUGCUCUUUUAAAAACGGAACCAUGGUCAGCUGAAGGAGCCUCAGGAAUUUUCCAGAAGGGUUCUCCAGUGGCCACUUCACAUUUUUUGUGGUGGCCGCAUUGUUCCUGGCAUUGCUUGGCUACAGAAGGGCACUCUUGCUUUCGGUUGCCUUCAGUGGCCAGUGAGAUGGGCAUCUUGCAAAUGUUUCUUUGCUGUGAGCUCCAUACAGCUAGAUAUUCUCUCAGUGCUCUGCCUUUUUUUGAAGUGCCUUCUCCCCUAAGCCUGCUUGGCUUGGUUGAUUUCUUCUUUCCUUGUGGCUUCCACUGGAGAGGUGUCCUUAAGGUUUUGUGUGUUGGCCUCCUCAUGGUGAUGGAAGUGUUUUAAAUAUUUCUGGCUCUGCAGAAACCUUACACCUGACUUGAAAGAGUGUGUAUGGGUGCUGCUUCCCACCUUGGUCCUCCAUUGCGGAAUGCUUAUGUCCCUUCAAGAUCUCGGCAUCUGGAAUAGCCAGUGCUUCCUCAGCUUUCUUUGAAAGACCUGAACAUUGGCAUUGGUGCCUUUCUCUGUGGACUGCUGGUUCCUUUAAGCCCAUGUGGACAGGAGAGUUUCUGCUCUUCGAUAUGGAAGCAGGCUGGUUAGGUAUCUCUCUUGCAAGAGCUUUAAACCUAACUUUUCAUGCAAUGUCAUUAAAAUUAGCUCCUUGGUGCCCAGGCAGUGUGUAUAUCAUAUUUAUGAUAAAAUAAAGCAAAGGUGACCCUCAGGAAAGUGAUAUCCUGUUGUCAAGAACACACAGAGCAAACCUGCACACUUUCUCUUGUCGUGUAAUGUGUUGACUUGGCCAUUGGUUUGGCAUUGCUAGCCAUUGGGAGCAUGAAGGCAUUAACAGAGGCCCUCUGCCUUUUGGGAAUCAUUUCACCCACCGCACCAAAUAUUGGAGAGUUCUAGCCAUUGUUUGCCUGAUUUCCGGUCUUCAAAACCAUGAGGGCUAGAACCUUGUGUAGGAAGUUGAAUUCUGUCCCUUAUCGUAUGUUGUUCUGAACUGCAGCAUAACACACAGCCCACAGUGUUGCCUGUUCAGCUCAGUGGCAUUAAAAAUUGGGAGGAAGGGAAAUCAUAAGUUUUCUGCUGCUUCCUUUGCAUUCCCUUUUUGGCUGUAUAUCUUGUCUUCAAACACGGAAUUCCUGUAACUGGCUUUGCCAGAAAUCUUUGUGUCUUAUUUCUCAGCCUAGUGGUACAGCCCAGUCGCCAGCCUAGAUGUGGCCCUAGGCUGUUCCACUCCGGCCCUUUUUGCCUUCCUUCAUCUUUGUGUCACAGAAGGCUUCCAUACAGCUUGGUGGUGGCCAUGGUUUGAAAGGUCAGAGCUCCCAAAAAUGAUGGGGCAACCAAAGGAGACCUCCAACCGUGGACAAUGUUGGCAAGCGCAGAGGUUUCUUUUGUUACAAGCAAACAAUGGUGACAAUGUAAAUAUUGGCCAUUUUGGUCCUGUUGAAUGAUCUCCUGUGGCCAUUAGUUGGACUGUGGGCCAGAGGUGGGCAUCUUGGCCUACAUUCUACUGUUAGUCCCAGUUAGGGGAGUCAAAUGUGUUGAUUCCUUGGUGUUUCCCUGUGUGUUGAAUCCUCAUUCAACAAAUGAUUCAAUGGAAGGAUGGAAGAUGUAAUCCAAUACAUCACCAGGUUGGGGACGUCCCUGUGGAGCAGACGGGAAAAGGGCUUCCAUUGGCAUCCGCACCUCCCCCUUCUUUCCAAUGCGCUACCUUUGAACUGAAAUUGAGGGGAAAGUAUGUAUGCUGUUUUAAAGGAUGAGUAAGGGCUGUGUGGUGAUGUUGGGUAGCUAAGAGUGGUGUGUUUGUGUGCUGUGGAGGUGAAGAGAAAGCACCAGGCCACACAUUCUCACAGGAACGCUUUUGCCUUAGAUUGGUGGGGUCCAAAGGGGAGCCCAAGUGGAGCUGGUUUUUUGGGGGUGGUUGAAGACCCAUCUGAAUAAUGCUCCAGGUGCUGUUAGAUUGCCACAGUUAAAAAGCCUUCUGUUGGCUCCCCCUUCCAAAUAACUCCCCCCAAAUCCCCGAAAGACCCCUCCAGUUUCACGGCUUGCAAAUGGAAGAGACAAAAUUGGAAGGAUGCAAUUUUUACAAAAGAAAAGAAAAAGAGAGACCUCCUCAGUGAGCAUUUUCAAAGGAGGGAGCGCCACCUUGAGCAGAGUGUUGCCAUUUGCAUUUAAUAUUAGUGUUUAAAGUAGCUCUCUUCAAAACCCUAGGUUUAUCCUUUUGGAUGUCUCUGUUAUGAAGAUACCACAUGUAAAACACCACGGUAACAAACCGGAUGGGUUUGGGCUUUGUCCUUCCAGCUUUUUUUUGGGGGGGGGGCUUGCCUCUUCCUCCUGGCUUGCCCCCAAAGGGUUGCUCCUAGGUGAGGGAUAGGGGAUGGAAUCAUUUUGGACUGUGUCCCCAACCUGCCAGAACCCCAACCCCUUUGGCAUGCUGGAGAGGACAGUUUUCCAUAUUCACCACCUCCUCCAUCCUUGUCUGGUCAGGGAAAGGUAUGAGUCUCCUUGUGGUGUGUCUAUGGCACCUUGAUGUUUUUGUAGAAAUGCGUUGUCUGGGACAUGCGCUGAACUUUGAAGAGCAUAUGAUAAAGGAAUGUCAUUUUUGAAACUUGAAAAAAAUAACCCUUCUUGAAGAUUGUGUGAGGAAAUGAACUUGAAUGAGAUCUCUAGGCCUUGCUGAAAACCAAAAGAAGAUGAGUUUGGUGGUCUGUUUGUCUGUCUUUCUUAAAGCUGUCUCUACUGAAUCUCACUGUGAGUGUUUCUGAUUCAAGCCAGACCUCGGUGAAUGUCAGUAGCACAACGACACAUCUCCCCACCCCUUGGUUGUGACUACAGUCCACAGGUGUCUCUCUGUGUGCAUGUAGAGUGUCUUCAAAGUCGUGAAUCAGUUUUCUGACCAUGUACAAGAUGGAAUUGUGAACAAAGGACGGGAAGAGGAGUCGGCUUGGCAGUUGUUCAGGCUUCAAGUCAAAAAGUAGGUUUUAUGUUUCCAAGCUGCUCUGUCAGGGAAGAUGUACCCUCUGGGAUGCGGCGAGGAGGCUGUCCUUCCAUUCUGGAAUUGGGCUUGUGUCAUCACUUUGGUGUUGGGAAAGUGUUAUUUUUUCCUUUGAAGGAAAUUGGCAAAAUCUGAAAUGCUGAUUCUUUUGGCAGUCUUCUCAGUGACUGGGAAAUGGUGCUUUUCUGAUCCAAUCAAUGCACAGUCCCCUUCUUUCCUGUUGUCUUUUGGGAGAGGGAUUUGGAUCUCUCCCUGGCUGGUUUGCUUGCCCUGGACUCUGAAAUGUAACCCCUCAUUCCAGGGGGAGCAAGUCCCAGACUCUGUCAGAAAGCAGCUAGUGCGGAGCUUGGGAAAGUUCCUUUUUUGGGGUGUGCCACACUCAGAAUCCCUUGGCCUGUGACUUUUAGGCAAAGUUGCCUCAUGGCUGUUUCCCUUCUCUACAUAUUCUAUAAAUCGGCUUUCCUCAACCUGGCAUGCUCCCGAGCUUUCAGCCCCCUGAAAGUAACUUGCCCAAGCUAGAGUAUGCAUUGCAGGGAGGAGCAGUCGCUUAGGUCUGUGGCAGUAGGGAUGGGAGAGCUCAGUUGCUCCUACUGGAGAGAGCAAGCAGAAUUGGAUCUCGGCUCUUGGAGGAGGCUCCCUGUUGUAUCUUUGCAUGGGUCAGUCUCUAAGGAAGAUCUCACUGGUUCUUGUACACACUCCAGAGCUUUUGGGGCUGAAGGAUGUCUCAAUUCUUAAUUUUGAAGGAAAGGUUAGGAAGCACAGCGAAGGGCCAGGGUGUGGGUGGGAUUGGGCCUGGCAUCUCCCCUGUGUGGCUCCCCUGCCCCAGUGGAAGAGGCUUUGCUGGUGGGCCAUCGCUUACUGAAUGUUGGGUAUGCACUUCUUUUUUUAACUCAAUCUUAAAAAAGAAAAGAAUGACCACCUCCUGAUAAACCUUGACCAAAUCUUCCUUUGAUUUCCCCCUAGCCCCAGAAAAUUGGUGGGUUUCCCCAAAAAACAUUGCCAUGAACUUUGCUGUCCUUUUAGAGGAUUGUCAAGGUUGGGGACGGGGGAGAGGACUUGAGAACUAGCAGGGCUGGACAACUUGAGGGCUAGGAACUUGAUGCUAGCUUUGGAUGCAUUGAAUGGUUUUUCCACUCCAGGUGUUUGGAUGGCUAGUUGGAUCGUCAUGUUUUGUUGGGUGUUUUGUUGUUUUGGGGUGGGGUUUGUCUUUGUCCGAACUUUAAUUCCUAUCGCCGGGUCACUUCAAGCCUGUUUUCUUAAUUUAUGAACACUCUUGCGACUCUUGAGAACAGUUUUUUCUUAGCGGCUUGGUGAGAGAUCUUUCUGAUGUUCAUAAGCUUCUCAACCCCUCCUUCUGAACUCCCCAUUCCCCUUCCCAGCAAUGUAUGAAGUAUUGUACCAGAGUAUUAAAAUGAAAUGUAAUAUUUUAUCAAGGGGGGAGGGAUUAAGAAAAGAAGCUCAACCUUCUCCUUUAAAAGGAACACACACAAGAUGCCAUUGAUUUUUUUAAAAAAUGUGAAUAAUGUACAUGGUUCCAGGUGUGCUGUUCUCUUCUGCUUUUGAGAGUGGGCACGAGCUGCAAGUGCUUGCACUGGCAAAGGCCCAUUGAAUCCUAUGGGCUUAUGCCAAUGUAAGAGUUGUGUGGGAUUGCCCAGUGUUUCUUGGUUUCUGCCCAUAUAUUCUGUCAGCUUUCCCUAACCCGGCCCCCUCCCAAUAUGUUGGACUAUAUUUCCCGGAUGACCUCUGAGACAUGCGGUCCAGCACAUCAGGAGGGAGGGAGAAAGCUCCUGUAGACCAUUUUGCAAUUGUCGAUGUAUGACAUUAAAAGGAAAAAACAACAGCAACGUAGAUCAUGUAUAGAAAAACACAAAAAUCUUUAGUGAUUGUCUGUUUCCAGCCGGUAUUUAUGGGAGUUGAGUGGCUUCAUUGCUGAUUGUGCUGUGAUUUUUUUUUUAAAAAAAAUUGCUCCAAGGCUUAUCAGAGUAAAAAAGCAUUAUUUGUAAAACAUCAUGACGUCAAAAAUAGGAAUUAAAAACAAAAAACAAAAUC